AGUCCCGCCAAGCUACGUGUCUCUUUUAUCCGCCCCCUCCUCAUUCACGGGUUGCUGACGUUUAAAGGAAGCGCCGUGCCAGGAGCCAGUGGGCGCUGUGAAAGCCAGCGAUGGAGGCAAGGGCCAUCGACGUGUUAGGGAAGCGCCGAGGCAGGAGCCAGUCGGGGCUGUGAAAGCCAGCGAUGGUGGCGGCGGCGCCCCCCGGGGAGCGCGGCGAUGAAGGGAGCGGGUCUUGCUGCUGCAGCCGCCGCCUGCCUCCCGCGCCCGCCACCUGGCCUGGCGCUGGGGGCCGGCAGUGGCUGCUGUUGGUACUGCCGCUGCUGCUGCUGUCGGGCCGGGCUGGGGCUCUGGUAAAGGGGCUCUACUGCGGCUCGCACAACUGCUACGACGUGCUCGGGGUGAGCCGCAAGGCAGGCAAGGCGGAGAUCGCGCGCGCCUACCGGCAGCUCGCGCGUCGCCACCACCCGGACCUAGUGCGGCGCGCCGGCGGCGAGAGCCUCGAGAGCGCGCAGGAGACCUUUCUGCUGGUGGCCACUGCCUACGAGGUCCUCAAGGAUGAAGAAACACGUAAAGAUUAUGAUUAUAUGCUGGAUCAUCCUGAAGAGUACUAUAGCCAUUAUUAUCACUACUACAGUCGACGAUUAGCUCCUAAAGUAGAUGUCAGAAUUGUCAUUAUCGUCACUGUGUGUGCUAUCUCCGUGUUUCAGUUUUUCAGCUGGUGGAGUAGCUAUAAUGAGGCCAUCAACUACCUAGCCACAGUGCCAAAGUAUCGUAUUCAAGCUAUUGAAAUUGCCAAGCAGCAAGGGCUGCUUAACAAAGCCAAAGAGAAGGGCAAAAACAGACGAUCCAAGGAAGAAAUCCGUGAGGAGGAAGAAAACAUCAUCAAAAAUAUAAUAAAAAGUAAAAUAGAUAUAAAAGGAGGCUAUCAGAAACCUAAAGUAGGUGAUAUUUUACUAUUUAAAAUUAUUUUAGCUCCUUAUCACCUGUGUGCAUACGUAGUCUGGUAUUGCCGGUGGAUUUAUCAUUUUAAUAUAAAAGGCCAAAAGUAUGGAGAAGAAGAGAGGCUAUAUCUCAUUCGUAAAUAUAUGAAAAUGUCUGAAUCUCAGUUUGACAGUCUAGAAGAUCAUCAGAAAGAAACUUUUCUUAAACGGAAACUGUGGAUAAAAGAGAACUAUGAAGUCUACAAACAGGAACAAGAGGAGGAACUGAAGAAGAAAAUGGCAAAUGACUCCCGAUGGAAGAGAUACAGGAGAUGGAUGAAGAAUGAGGGACCUGGGAGAUUAACUUUUGUUGAUGACUAACAAUUAUUGGAAUUCUGUAUACCAAACCAUAAUAAUUAUAAAAUUAUUUUUCCAUAAUUGAAUUAUUUUAGAAAAUUCAUCACUUUAUUUUCAAUAACAAUCUAAAAUUCAGGAAGCAUCUGACUGAAUGAGACAAUGUGAAGUUUAAAACAUACAUAAAAGUGUAUUAAGACAUUUUAAAGAAUGGUGUUCAGUAUUUAUAUUCUACAUGCUUUGUGGGUCUAGUGUGCUGUUACAUCUUCAUGCUGUAGUUUCUAUCAGAUAAUCAUUUUAAAACUUAACUUUUUUAUGUACAUGGUUUUCCAUUCUAGAAUUUUUCCUUGCUUUUCUCUGUUAUGUUGCUCAUUGCUCUUCUCUAUCCUCAUGUUUUGCAUAAAACAUUACUUAAAAAAAAAAAGAUCACAACUACAGUUAAUCAUUGGUUUGUAAAUUUGUCCAAAAAUCUCUCCAGGAGAGUAAUUCUUCUAUCUUUUUCUUAUUACAAUCAUUAAGGAUUGAAAUGUUUUUUUAAAAAGUCUCUCCAGGAGAGUUUUCUGCUAUCGUGUCCUUGUAACAUGGUCUUUAUUGCAUUUGUUAUAGGAUUAUAAAUAUGAUCAGAAACUCUCCAGGAGAGUGAUUCUACUCUCAUGUCCUCAUAGGAUGAUCUUUAUUACAGUCAUUAUAAGAUUGUAAUUCUUAAAAUGAAAAGUAAAAAAGAACAAUAAGUCAAAAUCUCUACAAGAGGGUAAAUUGGUCUGUCACCAUGACUUGAUGACUUCUGUAAUAAUAAUAUAAUUUCUCUUCAAAAAUGAAAAUACAGAAUAGCACAAAAACUGCCCCUAAAAUUCUGAAGCCCUUAAGUUAUAGGGAAUAAUGUUUAGUUGUGAACGCUGACUUAAACAUUUUGAAAAUAGAAUCAGGAAGUGCAUGAAUGUAUAUCAGUGACUUUAACAGGGUAUCGGUAUUAUGUGUUAGGCUGCAGAACAAUGGAACAAGUUGGCUGUGCUAGAGAUUCCUUUUUUUUUUUUAAAAAGACUUUGUAUUUGAAAGUACUUGUUUGGUAACAACCAAAAACAUACAACUUUAGUAACUAUGGCAUGUAACCUUGCACUAAAGUGUCAGUACACCUUCAUCAAGGUAAACUGAUUCUCUUGUUAAAGGGUUUAUUUCUUUGCUUUAUGUAAAUAAAACAGUUUAUUAUAUCACAA